GCCCAAGCCACGAAUCGUAGAGUGAAGGCACCAAAGUCAAUUUUGCCCUUUCACCCACAGCAGCUCUUCCACCAACAAACCCACCGUCUCUGCCACACGCUUCCACCAUGUCUGCGCCAAUGCCCCCUCCUCCUUCGCCUGCCGCUGCCACGGGCGCUCCCCAGGCACAGGCACAGCCAGAGCAACCAGCCGCCCAGCAGGAGGCUGCUCCCGCCAGGUCUGGCCCCGGCUCUUUCGACUCUCUGCACAACGAGAUCCGAGGUGUGCUGCCGGCGUUUAUGGUGUUCCAGGGCGCUCGCUUCGCCUUCCAGAAGCCCGUUGGCCAGCACCUUGCCCUGACACACUCCAUCAUCCUCAACGGCAAGGAGAGCGCGUACAAGCUUCAGCCCACAUACAUCGGCACCAUGCGCCAGAAGAGCCCCCAGGAGUCUUUCCCCAUCUGCAUCGGUGAGGUGGACCACGCUGGCCGACUCAUGGCUAACAUCAUCCACGAGGCAACAGACAACAUCAAGCUCAAGUACCAGCUGCAGACGGAUGGCUCCGACGUCGUUGGCACCGCACUCGAGACUGAGUUUGCCGGCAGCGACUUUUCUGCGGGCCUGAAGAUGCUCAACGUCAACCCCGCCAAGAACAAGGGCACAUGGAUCCUCAACUACCUCCAGCGCGUCACCUCUCGCUUCUCCCUCGGCGCCGAGCUGCAGUACCAGUACAUGGCCAACCUGACAGAGUACUCUGGCCUCAACUUUGGCGGCAAGUACCAGACGCCCGACUGGCUGUUGGCGGUGACCGCCAGCCCCGUCGGCAUCAUGCAGGCCUCCUAUGUUCACCAGAUUGCCAAGAACACGACUGCCGGGUGCGAGCUUGAGAUGCAUUUGCCGCAGCGGCAGGUUCAGGCGUCCGUGGGCGUGCAGUAUUCGUUCAAGAACAGCACCUUCAGGGGACAGAUCACCUCUGGCGGUGUUGUGAUGGGCUACUUUGAGAAGCAGCUUGUGCCCGCUUUCACCUUUAUCGUCUCCGCUAUCCUGGACCACGUCAAGUCCGAGACGGUGUUUGGCCUCGGCCUGCAGAUUGGACAGUAGACGCAGCACUCAUCAUGUCCCCCUUGCUCCUCCUUCUCCCAUCACGCUUGUAUCCGAUGCACACGCAUGCACACGCCUCCAUCUCUCGUCUUGUCUUUAUGUCAGGGGUGUGAGUGGUUGAUGGGUUGUGCCAUGCAUGGGUUGGUGUUGUUGUUGUCUGUUGGGUGCUGAGUGGAUUGAAAAAAAAACGGUGGCUUGCUUCUUGCUUGCUGGCUUGGUGUUGAGUUAGUGUGCGUGCGUGGUUCGCUUGGCGUGUUAGUGUUGCGUGUGUGCCACUUUCCAUCUUUGUUGUGGCGAUGUUGUUCUGAUUGUCGCUGUUUCAGUGUUCGUGGAGUCUCAUCAAACGGGGCUGUAUUGUGGUUGGAUUACACAAACCUCCCCAUUGACUCGCCUGAACCAGAAAGACGCAAAAACCAC